AAACAGAAAGCCCUAAACCCUUCUUCGCGCCGGUUCCUCCUCCUUUUGUCGCUCAUCUUCUUCUUCUUCACGCCGGUUCCUCUUCCUUUUUAGCAGCUCAGUUUCACCGCCGUCGCCGCUGUCUUUCUUCCGUGCCGGCUCCUCCUCCUUUUUAGCAGCUCAGUGUCACUGCCGUCGCCGCCGUCUUUCUUCCGUGCUUUCUGCUGCCGUGUCACUCCUAGCGGCUUGCACCUAUUUAUCGUUGUUACUGCCACAAACAAGAUGGUGCUAUCAGAGGAGGAAAUCACCAGGCUUUUCAGAAUUCGAAAAACUGUUCUACAAAUGCUAAAAGACCGAGGUUAUUUUGUUGGAGACUUUGAGAUCGACAUGUCAAGAGAGCAAUUUAAGCAUAAAUAUGGUGAAAGCAUGAAAAGAGAAGAUGUUGUUAUUAAUAAAGCUAAGAGAAAUGAUAGCUCUGAUCAGAUAUACGUUUUCUUCCCGGAAGAACAGAAGGUUGGUGUCAAGACAAUGAAAACAUAUACGAACCGCAUGAAAACGGAGAAUGUUUUUAGAGCGAUAUUGGUCGUUCAACAGAAUUUGACCCCUUUCGCUCGUACCUGUAUAAGUGAAAUAUCUUCCAAAUUCCACUUGGAAGUUUUCCAGGAAGCGGAAUUGCUUGUUAAUGUCAAAGAUCACGUUCUUGUUCCCGAGCACCAGUUACUUACUAAUGAAGAGAAAAAAACACUACUGGAGAGAUAUACUGUGAAAGAAACACAGCUACCACGCAUACAGGUGACCGACCCAGUUGCAAGAUAUUACGGGCUGAAGCGUGGACAAGUCGUGAAGAUCAUCAGACCAAGUGAGACUGCAGGAAGAUAUGUUACUUACAGAUAUGUUGUCUGAGUAUGCUUAAUAUUUUGCAAUUGAAGAUGCGACAUAUGAGUUCCCCUUGGGUUGUGAUAUCUUAUUAGGUGAGUUGAAGAAGAAUUUGGGGAACUUUUGUUUUCAGGAUUUAGAUGGGACCUUCAUAGUAUUAGUAGUGUUGUACACUAAGUUCAUUCUUAUGAACAUGAUAUUACCUUAUGGAAGAUUCAAUAUUUCUAUUGAAGGCCACUUUUUGCGUAU